AUGCCCCGUCCGCCCCUCACCGUUGCGCCGACCAUCGAGGGCUGGGCCCAGGUCUUGGAACACAUUUGCCCGGUGCACCAAGCACCCAGGGCCCUAGCUACGGAUGAAGACGUAUUGUUCCCGCUAGGUGUCGCAGGAGGAAAUAAGGGGCGCCCAGUGGUGAAGACGGGUUCCCGUCGAAUCGUCUACCUGGACAAGUUCACGGGUGACCGCCCCCACUCCGAAAAACAAGUCCCCGUAUGGGAAGGAUGGCACUUUCUCCCCACCUUGGUUUUUGUCGGUCCGGACGUGGACUGGAGGUACGGCAUCGACGGCAGCGACGACUGGUACCGCCACGGCAUCCGCAAGAACAACAAGCAUCAUAAUACCUGCAACGCCUGGUACGGGGCGGUGGUAGCAGGUGGCACGGGCCCGGCCAUUGGGAUGGUCACGGUCAUCGACACGGAUAUUGCAACGUGGAUGAAGAAGAUGAUACGAAGGGCGACGGCGAACAGGGACACGACGAUGGGCAAGAUGAAAAAGAGGACGCUCCGACACCGCGACGAGGCGGGAACCGUCUACCUCGCAGCCAAUCAGCGGCUUGACGUUGAGGAAGAUAGCAUUACAAUUAGCAUUAUUCAGGCCCCUGAUACAUCUGCGGAUGCGGGCUUUCAGUCCAGCUUACAGCAAGAGCCGAGCGAAACAGCGCAUUCUACUACAAGUAGCAUCAUCCAGGCCCCCGAUACAUCUGUGGAUGCGGGUUUUCAGUCCAGCUUACAGCAAGAGCCGAGCGAAACGGCGCAUUCUACUACAAGUAGCAUUAUCCAGGCCCCCGAUACGUCUGUGGAUGCAGGUUUUCAGUCCAGCUUGCAGCAGGAGCCGAGCGAAACGACGCAUUCUAUUACAAGUAGCAUUAUCCAGGCCCCCGAUACGUCUGUGGAUGCGAUUUUCGACUCCAGUAUUCAGCCAGACCCGAGACAAACAUCAGGAUCCUCUGACGAAAUCGAUAAGCUGGCAACCUCGAGAAACGAGCUGUCUGCCACAUCCGCUAAUAAAUCGGUGGAUGCAAUGGAAGGAGCAGAAGCCGUCAUCCACAGCCCAAGAGCUAUCCAGCUCCCCAACUCAAACAUCCUCCCCACCCAAAGCCUAGCCGACCCUUCUACUGUAACAGAGCCAUCCUCCACAGCCCACGAGCCAUCCAGCUCCCCAACUCAAACAUCCUCCCCCACCCAAAGAUUAACCGACCCUUCUACCGUAACAGAGCAGCAGCAGCCGUCAUCCACAACCCUCGAGCCAUCCAGCUCACCCACUCAAACAUCCUCCCCCAACGGACCGGACUGCAGCGCCCUCGUCAACGGCGAUUUCAGCAACGGUCUCGCCGGCUGGACCGUCGAAGGAUCCAACGCACCCGUCUCCGAGAUCCAGGAAACCGACGUAGGCAACGCCUACACCAUGCUCGUCACCAGCGGCGUCGGCUGGUCCGACCUCCGCCUCAUGCAGCCGAUCCAGUGCGCGGCGGACGGCGAAAAAUACCUAGACUGGUCCACAUAUGCCACCAUCCAGCCCGUCGACAUCGUCCGCGAGGAGAACCCCUCGCUUGGCCUGCGGGCCCGGUGCUAUAAUUCCACGACGACGGGGCCCAUGUUCCAGUUUGCCCAAAUCUCCGUGAACCAACGGUUUGAAGAGUUUAGUUUGAAGAAAUCUGGCUCUGGGGGAGCCUGA